ACACGGGUUUAGGGCCCUAGCGAACCAGCCUGGAAAUGGCACCUGCGGCAGAGCCAGAAAUGGACCGAUUCUCCCAAUAUCUGGGGCUCUGUUUCUUUCUCUACAGGUCCUAUGGGCUGUGUCUUCCUCCCUGGCCCAUUCAGAUCAUUGCUGCUGCCCCGAAGCUCCCAAGAGGCAGCUCUGGUUCUCCAGCCCUUCACAUCCCUCAUCCAUGGCUGACUGCAAAGUAGGGAGAAGCCAAGUUUAGAUCCAAGCUCCUGCCCGAACACCCAGAGAGCCUGGCGCCACCGGGCUGGGGGUCUCCUAGGCUGCAACCAGAGACACUGGUCCUGAUUCUUCCAGGUCUCUAAUCUCUGGUCUUGACGCCCCAGUCUUUUCCGGAGUCAAGGCCAUGUUGCCUCAAAACAAGGACCAAGUGCUGCUACAGAACACAGCACCCUCUGGGGUUCCCCCUCAGGGCCCCUCACAACUCGUGGACUGCCCUCCCUACAACCUCCAGCCUCUGCCUCCUCAAAAAUCACUCUCUCCCUCCCUCCCACCUUGCUCCCCUCCUCCACAGUCCCACUCUCCUGGCUCCGAUUUCUAUUCUCCUGACUCAAAUUCGGACUUUGUACUACAUCCCUACUCGUCCUCUUUCCCAAGAUCCCCCGCUUUCUUUCAUCAGAAUUACCCGUCUGUCUCCCUUUCACAUUCCUCCUCUCCCUCCCACCAGCUAUACCCUUCUUCUCCCCCUACUCGCUCCUCCAGCCCCCCUCAGCCGCAGAACUCCUCUCUCCCAAGCUGCCAGUCUGGUCCCGACCUCGGAGACCUACCCAGCUCCACUCCCACUUCCCCGGGGCCCAGCCUGCCUUCUCCAGGGAUCCAUUCUAAUAGACAGGCAUGGCACUGGCAUCAGUACCACGACACCAGGUCCCCUGGGGUGGUGGGGGGAUGCGUGGCAAGCGAGAGGGACCCUGCAGAGUUCAGGCACCCAGGAGCCCUGGCCCAGGCCCUGGUGGUUCACCUGGGGCCCCGCCGUAUUGCGCACGACCUUCGGUUACUGCUUUUGCAGCGCCUGUGGCUAGGCAGAACCGGCCCGGCUCCGGUCGUGGAGUAUCCCAUAUGCCUGGUGUGUCUCCGGCCCCGUGGUCCCUCUUGCCCCAUGCCCAAAUACAGGACUGGACCCCGGCUGCUUGCCUUUCCCCAACUACUGCCCGGUGCACAGAGCCAGGAAUCCAGACCACUCCGCAUAGGCAUCGGGUUUGGCCUCCGCCUGCCCCGUGGCCAGGCCAGGGCUCUGCAUCUCUUGCCAGAAAGAAGACCAGAGGAAGUAGGACCUCAAGGCAAGGCCCCUCAGGCCCGUGGGUAUCAAACCGAGGCUUCGCAGGCCCCAGCAGUUCCAGCCCCAGCCCCAGCAGCUCAGGCCGAGGCAGAUUCAGCCCCAGGCAAAUCCUCCUGGACCGGGAGCCUCAGGUCUGCAGGCUUUCAAGGGCCAAAGUCUACUCAAUGUCCAGGACCUCCACCUCAGGCACCAAAACAGGACACUGUCUCCCUGAAGCCCAAGUUUUCCUCAGUUCCAAAGACUCCUGCCUCUCCAAAGCCUGUUCUACAAAAGUCACCACCCCAGUUCCAGAGCCUCGGAGGCUCCCUGGAGCACCUUCUCCAAACACAGCAGUUCCCACCAGGCCCCAGGUCUCAGGAGGUCCCCGACACACCCUGAAGGGCUGGCUGGCUGGAGGUCAGGUGUGUUCUCGAGCGCUUAACCCAGGAAGUCCCUUGUGGAGUCUGCUCUCCCCUGGCUGAAGAGGAACAAGGGCACUCGAGGCCCCAUUCAGCCUUCCAUGUAUCCAAUAAAGCCUCACAC